AUGGUCUUAUCUCACGUUCGACAUUUCUCCCUUGAUUCAGGUUCAAAAACCGUGGAGCCAAAAGAAGCACGUUCGUUAAAGCGUGCUGGUGAGCGAAGUGAUGAAGAGGACAGCAAAGAUGCUUCAAAAAAAUCAAAACAUAUUGUUGAUUUGAAAGCACCUGUAUCACAUAAUAAAGGCCUAACAAUCAAACUGAAGCAGCCUGCUACUAAAAAAUCUGAACCCAAACCAGAGCUUGUAAAGAAGGCCUCUGUGUUUGGAGAAAGUAGUGACAGUGAUGAAGCAGAAGAAAUGCCACCUGAAGCAAGAAUGAGGAUGAAAAACAUUGGAAGGGAUACCCAAACAUCUGCUGGGCCAAAUUCAUUUGGAAAAACAAGACAAGGCUUUUGUGACUCUAAGAAAGUUUUUGAACGUCAAAUGAAAAAGGUCAUUGAAGAAAAUUCUAGUGAAUAAAUUUCACGUAUGUCGGUGAUCUAAUAAAUAACUGUGUUUCUGA